UUCCCUUCACACAGGUAAGCAUAAUUAUAAGUUUACAAACUCACCUCUUAACCUUAUGCUAAAAAGGUUAUUGUGGGACUUUUUCUUUGGUGUUACUUGAAUUUAUUGCUACUACAUUAAUAUAUACUACUAUUACAUAUUUACAUUAUUAUAGUCCAGCUACUAUUUGUAGCCUUUCUAAAUCACUUGAACUUUUUUUUUCUUCUACAUUCAAAGCCAUUCCUCUGAAAUUCUACCUGAUUACUUACACCCAUCUGGGUUUCUUGCAUUUCAUCUCAUAUUGUAUUCCACGUUGAAUAGCUACCAACAAUUUGUGUAAAGUUUUAAUCUUGAAAAAUCAUGUAAUUUAUGGGCAUUUAUUAGUUUUACUCCAUUUUUACACCCAAAGUUGUUUGAGUAUAUCUUGAGCUAGCUAGCUUUAGAUCUUGAACAAUGGAAGAAACUUUUAUACCAUUUCAAGGAAUUAAAAAUGACCUAAAAGGAAGAUUGAAGUGUUACAAGCAAGAUUGGACUGGUGGAAUACAAGCAGGAUACAGAAUUUUAGCACCUACAACAUAUAUAUUCUUUGCUUCUGCAAUUCCUGUCAUUUCCUUUGGGGAACAGCUUGACAGAGAGACAGAUGGAGUUCUAACAGCAGUGCAAACAUUAGCAUCCACUGCACUUUGUGGCAUUAUACACUCUAUAAUUGGCGGUCAACCGUUACUGAUCCUAGGAGUUGCUGAACCCACAGUGAUCAUGUACACAUUCAUGUUUAAAUUUGCAAAAGACAGGCCUGAAUUGGGUCGUAAUCUGUUCUUAGCUUGGGCUGGAUGGGUUUGUGUCUGGACAUCACUCUUGCUGUUCUUUAUGGCAAUCUUAGGGGCUUGCUCCAUAGUCAACCGCUUUACCCGUUUGGCUGGAGAAUUGUUUGGCCUUUUGAUAGCCAUGCUCUUCAUGCAUCAAGCUAUAAAGGGACUAGUGGAUGAGUUCCACAUACCUAAGCGGGAAAAUCCAAACUUGACAGAAUUUCUGCCUUCGUGGAGAUUUGCAAAUGGGAUGUUUGCUUUGGUCCUAUCAUUCGGACUUUUGCUGACAGCAUUAAGGAGCAGAAAAGCAAGAUCAUGGCGCUAUGGCUCAGGUUGGCUCCGGAGCUUGAUAGCAGACUAUGGAGUUCCACUCAUGGUUGUAAUAUGGACUGGUCUUUCAUACAUACCAUCUGCAAGUGUUCCUCAUGGAAUACCAAGGCGUCUCUUUAGCCCAAACCCAUGGUCCCCUGGCGCGUAUGAGAAUUGGACUGUUAUCAAGGAUAUGCUCAAUGUUCCUGUUUUACACAUAAUCGGAGCUUUUGUACCAGCAACGAUGAUUGCAGUACUCUACUAUUUUGAUCACAGUGUAGCAUCUCAACUUGCUCAACAAAAAGAGUUUAAUUUGAGGAAGCCACCUUCCUUCCAUUAUGAUUUGCUCCUUUUGGGGUUCAUGACAUUAUUUUGUGGUCUUAUAGGUAUUCCUCCAGCAAAUGGUGUCAUUCCUCAAUCUCCUAUGCAUACAAAAAGUCUUGCUACACUUAAGCACCAGCUUCUUCGAAACCGACUUGUAGCAGCAGCUAAGAAAAGCAUGGGGAUGAAUGCAAGUUUAGGGCAGUUGUAUGGUAAUAUGCAAGAAGCUUACCAACAGAUGCAAACCCCUCUCAUCUAUCAGGGCCCUUCAGAUCGAGGACUCAAGGAAUUGAAAGAUUCAACUAUUCAGGCAGCUGCUAGCAUGGGACACAUUGAUGCCCCAGUAGAUGAGAGUAUCUUUGAUGUUGAUAAGGAGAUCGAUGACUUGUUACCUGUUGAGGUUAAGGAGCAGCGCGUUAGCAACCUGCUUCAAUCUGUUAUGGUUGGUGGGUGUGUUGCAGCCAUGCCUAUUCUUAAAAAGAUUCCGACCUCUGUACUUUGGGGAUACUUUGCUUUCAUGGCCAUUGAAAGCUUACCAGGCAACCAGUUCUGGGAAAGGAUCUUGCUGCUCUUCACAGCACCAACUAGAAGAUACAAAGUACUUGAAGACUAUCAUGCAACCUUUGUGGAAACAGUUCCUUUCAAGACUAUUGCCAUUUUCACCAUUUUCCAGACAUUGUAUUUGCUUGUGUGCUUUGGAAUUACAUGGAUUCCAAUUGCAGGGGUCUUAUUCCCUCUUAUGAUUAUGCUUUUAGUUCCUGUCAGACAAUACAUUCUUCCUAAGUUUUUCAAGGGAGCACACCUUCAAGAUUUAGAUGCUGCAGAAUUUGAAGAAUCACCAGCUUUGCCAUUUGAUCUCGCAACAGAAAUGGAGUUGGCUUCAGGAGCUACACUUGCUGCGGAUGGUGAGUUACUGGAUGAAAUGGUGACUAGAAGCCGAGGUGAGGUUAGGCGUAUAUGCAGUCCGAAGAUUACAAGCUCAACAACAACACCAAGUAAAGAGAUCAGAGGCAUUCAAAGCCCUCGUCUCGCAACACACAGUCCUCGAAUGAAUGAACUAAGAGCAGAGUUCAGUCCCCGAUCUGGUAGGAAUGGACCUUAUAGUCCAAGGCUUGCUGAAUCUAGAUCCUCUAAACUAGGAAAAAGUCCUGGACCUUCAAAAGACUCACCUUCAAAGUAAUAGCUGCAAGUUAUUUCUUUUUAUCUAUUAUUAUUAACUUCACCUCUUUUUGUCUAAGUUUUAGGAGGUCUACUUGUUAAAUUAGUGCUAUUAAAUUUGGUUGUAUUAGUCAAAAUGUAUAAUCUUCUAUGUUCUCCUUUCAUAAAGCUUGUAGCUUUUUCUCCACUUGAUAAUACCAGGCCAGCAAGCAAAUACUGGCAAUAUCUAUA